CGCAUUUCUCAUUUCUUACUUCUAGUCUAAAUUAGAUAGCAAGACGUAGUGUCGGAGCUCACAGAUCGCAGAGAAUUAGUUUUAAGUACUAGCUGUAGUUAAACAGUAAAUCUGAAAUUCAACAUGGAGUCCCCUCCAGAUCCAGCGAGCGACCCUGGCAACAGCGCCUCGGAGCCGGCUACCCCGGUCAGGGAAACCCCGGUAAACCUAGAGACGCUCCGGAAAGCGGACCAUCCAGCCCCGAUUCGAAAGCAGACCUGCUCAAGCACCAACAGAGGUAUCUCAGUAACAAAGAAGACACAUACUUCUCAAAUUGAAAUAAUUCCCUGCAAGAUCUGUGGAGACAAAUCAUCAGGCAUCCAUUACGGUGUGAUAACAUGUGAAGGCUGUAAGGGCUUCUUCAGGAGGAGUCAGCAGAGCAAUGCAGCCUACUCCUGCCCCCGUCAGAAGAACUGUUUGAUCGAUCGCACCAGCCGCAACCGCUGCCAGCACUGCAGGCUGCAGAAGUGCCUGGCAGUGGGAAUGUCACGAGAUGCGGUGAAGUUUGGCCGCAUGUCAAAGAAGCAGCGAGACAGCCUGUAUGCUGAGGUCCAGAAGCACCGGCUGCAGCAGCAGCAGCGUGACCACCAACAACAGCCCGGGGAGGCAGAGCCACUAACACCCAGCUAUGGCCUGUCAGCCAAUGGCCUCACAGAGCUCCACGAUGACCUCAGCGGCUACAUGGAUGGUCACACCCCCGAUGGCAGCAAACCAGACUCAGCAGUCAGCAGCUUCUACCUGGACAUCCAGCCAUCUCCUGACCAGUCAGGCUUGGACAUCAACGGCAUCAAGCCGGAGCCCAUCUGCGACUUUGCCCCCGGCUCUGGCUUCUUCCCUUACUGCUCCUUCACCAACGGAGAGACCUCCCCGACCGUGUCUAUGGCUGAACUUGAGCACCUUGCCCAGAACAUCUCGAAGUCGCACAUGGAGACAUGUCAGUACCUGAGAGAGGAGCUGCAGCAGAUGACCUGGCAGGCUUUCCUGCAAGAAGAGGUGGAGAACUACCAGAACAAGCCCCGGGAAGUCAUGUGGCAGCUGUGUGCUAUCAAAAUAACAGAGGCCAUUCAAUAUGUGGUGGAGUUUGCCAAGCGCAUCGACGGCUUCAUGGAGCUGUGUCAGAACGAUCAGAUAGUGCUGCUGAAAGCAGGCUCUCUGGAAGUUGUGUUUGUCAGAAUGUGCCGUGCCUUUGACUCACAAAACAACACAGUCUAUUUUGAUGGAAAAUAUGCUGGACCUGAUGUGUUCAAGUCAUUAGGCUGUGACGACUUGAUCAGCUCCGUCUUCGAGUUUGGGAAAAACUUGUGUUCUAUGCACCUGUCUGAGGAUGAGAUCGCCCUGUUCUCUGCCUUUGUGUUGAUGUCUGCUGACCGGUCCUGGCUACAGGAGAAGGUGAAGGUGGAGAAACUCCAGCAGAAAAUCCAGCUGGCCCUUCAGCACGUUUUGCAGAAGAACCACAGAGAGGAUGGUAUACUUACAAAGUUGAUAUGCAAAGUGUCGACACUGCGAGCACUGUGCAGUAGGCAUACAGAGAAGCUCACAGCUUUCAAAGCAAUAUACCCAGACAUUGUGCGUGCCCACUUCCCCCCCUUAUACAAGGAGCUGUUUGGAUCAGACUUUGAGCAGUCCAUGCCCGUUGAUGGGUAGCAGCCCUGCCAGGUGCCAGUGUGCCCACCAUAGGGGAAUGUGGAGGAGGAAUCUGAGACACUUUACUGGUGCCCUGCACAAACCAGAGCGGACAGAUGGCACGCUGUUCAACUUCUUCUUUUACAUUGUAGGGGGAGGGCAUUGGGGAGUUGAUUGUCAAGGUUUACUUUAUUGAAUUUAGUUCUCUUUGGAAGACACGUGGGACCCGACACCUUACAGGACAUGAAGAGGAAAUGGGAACAAACGACUUUUGUUUGGCUGAACUUGACCCUCUUUUGCGUUUUUCUAAACUAAAACUCACUUUUCAUUCCCACUGUCAUGAGUUAUUUGGGCAUAUCAACAGCUAAUGAGACAGUUUGGGGAAAAUUAGCUUCAUUUAGAGGAUGACCGCAUCAGUAUUAUUUUCCAGGUUGCACUCCCUAAACAGUUGUAGUAUUUCCAUGAUUAAAUGUGUCAUCUUUAUCCUCCGCUAUCCCCACGCUGAAAUAUUUGACUGAUAAAUGCGCAGAUUUUGGUCAAGUUCAGCCAUAUUUUUCUCUUUGUGUUCAGUGGUAUCUUUUGGAGGCAGUGCUUGGAAUGAAAACUCACAGCAACUUUGAGGGAGGUUCCAUUGGCAAGGUAAUGCAAUCGGCGCCUCUCUAUGGACAAUCGUUUAAAAGAAAAAAAAGAAGCCUAGAAUUCUGGUAAUUCUAAUAAAAACGCAAUGAUUUUAGUUGUCAAAGACUCCAUCCACCAUUGUUGCAUAGUGAAAUCAUGUAAGGCCAUCUGCUAUUAAUCCUUCUCUGGACAGGUGCCCUGGAGAAGCACAGGGCACCAACACAAUGAAAAGGGUCCAUUCCACCUGUUUUAUAAUGUACUACAGGGUAUAUGGUCAUAAGUACUUACUAUACAGAAAAAAGUAAUGUUUAUAGAAUCUAUUUUAAAUAACAUGUAUAUUAGUAGUUAGACCAUUCUUAAUUGUUGAAUUGAUAAGGCACUUUUAUUUACACCUUUCUUUAAUUUAAGACUUGUAUAUUUACCUAGUGAUGUGUUGCAUGUGCACAAGAAGUACAAGUUGAAUCAUGGUCACAGAGGGUAGUCCUGGGAGCUGCAGAAGAUUUUGGUCUGGAAGCAUGAAGAAAGUUUAUUAGUGUGGCUGCUGGAUGGUGAUGAAAGAGGCAUGGGUGAGAAGGCAAGUUAAAACACUCCUUCACCUGUUUUCUCAACAUGUACCCGAGAGCUGCCAAUUUAAUAAAAAAAAAAAAAAAAAUGCAGCUUUGAUACUCUUGUGAGUUUUGGAUUUCAUAUUAUCUUAAAAUGAAAUUAUACUGUGGUUGAAAUAUUUGCAAAAAUGCAUAUUUGCUUAAAUCUUAUAUUUCUAAAUAUUUGAUUUUUGUUUUACUAUUAAAUAAAAUUGUCAUUCUCUUAAAAGCCCAACGCUGAUCGAUGUGAUCAGACUGGUAAAACCACUCAGACUGUAAUCCAACUGUUCCACCUAGUGGAGGAUUAAAAAUACAGCAAGCAAGCGUGACAGAGGUCCAGGGUCCACUCAAAAAGCACACUUAUGAGCCUCUGUCAGAUGGUUUUUUGUUUUUGUUGGGUUUUUUGGGUUUUUUUUUUUUAUCAUUGCGAGUGGCUUCCUGCCUUCUCACCACAGCCUCAGCCCAGCAACACUUUUACAGGACACAGAAGAAACGGCGUAGGGAAAGUGAAUUUUCAAAGCCUUGUCUGGUAGUAAAGCUUCUAUUUUUGUAACUUGUUUUGGUUAAUAAACUCGCGAAAGAGAACGAGGGAGAGAAAAAGAUGUCAGGUAGCACUUAACUAUAUCCCUGCAAUAAUUAGACUAGCUGUUGUUUGUAUGAUUAGGGGAGAAACAUAAAAACGGUAGGACAAGUGCUAUUUUCAGAAUGCUUUGUUGUUGUGCUUCUGUUUUGUUGAGUGUCUUUCUUGUCAGUGUGGUAGUAAAGUGGUUUUAAAAAAAAAGAAGAAAAAAAACCUGGAUGUGCCAAACAGUAGUCGUUGCUUCCGCUUUCCAGUCUACUCGUCUAUAAUGUAGAAUGGACUCCUAAGACAUUCCAGCAAUCUCAGUAGCGGCUUCUAGAAAUAUCUUUUUAGAAAAAAAGAGCAAAAAAAGGAAAAAGAAUGAAGAAAAAUUACAUCCCUUUAGAAACCCAACAAAGCAUGUAAACUCAUCUGUCACCGACUGUAUCAUAAAAUCCAGUUUUUUUAGGUUUUCUUUCUAUUUUUUGUUGUUUUCUGUUUGCACACCAUCAUUCCUCCGCCGUGCAAUUUGUACAAGGCGUUGCUGCCUCGUGCUGUCACCCCUCAGGGAAGAGUUUCUUUUGUGUUUUCUGUUUACCAGGACAUUUGUUUGUAUGUGUCAGGUUUAGUUAAUUUUAGUUGGUUUUGUUUGUUUGUUUGUUUCAGGGAGGUUCCAUAAGAAGUGGUUUAAAUAAAGGUUAGAAAAUUCCUUACUCAGAAUUUGACAUUUUUGAUGUCCAUCAGAGGCCUCCAGCUAAGUUUUAAAAAAAAAGGAAAAAAAAGUAAAUCAUUUGUGAAAUGAAUAAAAAAUCCAUCUAUUUAACAAACUGCAGUUUUUCAGCACACAACAUAUUCCUGCCACACACACACACACACAAAAAAAAACUCUUGAUUUUAAAUGGUGUCAUCAGGGUCUUUAUAAAUAAUUACCCUCUUUGUUAGAAAACCAAAUAUACUUAUGCAAUACUAAAUCGGUUACGUUUGGGUUAUAGUAGAUAUGCUGUAGUAAUAAUCUCUGUUAUGAUCCAAUGUUGUUUGGAUAUGCACAAGCCCUCUACGACUAGUUAACCUCAGUCUCAGAGCAAAAGAAACCCAGUCUGGAACACUGCUAGACAAUCCAGGUGUUAGAGGCCCCAGUGGCCCCGGCAAGAGCAACAAAUAGAGGAUGAGGUGGGAACGCUCAGGGAGGUAACAGGUAGGCUGAAAACGUAGCUUGCUUUCCACUGGAGCUGCGGAGCAGCUGAGUAGCUCUGUUUUUGAAUUUAUGCGAUCUAAAAAAAAAAUCUCUUUAAGGCACUCAGUGGACGAGAGGAGCUUGGCUGAACUUUUAGGCAUAGCACACUGAACAUGUAGUUCCUGUUUGGCAGAUUUCCUAUUGACUGUUUGCAAAAAUUGUGUUUCUUGAAAAGGAUUCAGUUUUUUUUUUUGUUUUUUUUUUGGUAUUUUGCUCGAUAGUCAUAUUAACAUUGGAGUAUUUAGUCAGAUAUGAACAGCUAAGGUCUGCCACCAAAAGGGGUAUUUACCCAUGAUGUGAAAAUGUGCUACAUUAUGCUUUUACUCAAGUCUAACUGUAGUUGAGUGGCGGGUCAUGUGUUCUACAAUAUAUAACAAGCAAUAUGCCUUGUGUUACAAUUACGGGUCUCUACAUUGCAGUCAUCUGCCUUUUAAAUUGUUUUUAUUCACAUAACUGAUAAUGUUUACUCUCAGUUUAUAAAAGGAAGUAAUAAAGCCCCAUUGGUUUUUAUUUUUUUCUCUACUCAUGUAUGUAUUUUUUUUUAAACAGGAGAAUAGAAAACAGUCCGAUACACAAGUAAUUGUGUCUAACUAUAAACUAUGCCUUCACAGAGGCCUGGAGUCAUGUUCUUCUGUAUAUUCUCAUCUGCAACAUCCCAGUUAAAGAAUAGGAUUGAUGCUAUGUGUGCUACUCAGUCAGUGUAUAGUAUACAGUAAAAUGUGCUGGUCCUUCUGUCUCUGCUCUGUUGUCUGUUUUGUAAAAAGCAAUAGUGUGUGUGUGCGUGUGUGUGUGUGUGUGUUUGUUCUCAGUGUGAAUAUAAUAAAACCCCAGACAAGGCUUUAAUAAUUACAGAGGAAAUAGGGUUAUGAGGACAAGGAGGUUUUGAUUUUUAUUUUGGGCUUUUUAAAAGAAGACAAAAAGGAAAAAAAAAAGAAAGGUUUUGGUAAUGCUGAGCUUGAUCCAUCCAUAAUAAGUGUAGGUUUUUAAGAAGUGUGACAUAAUACCUUUAACAAUUCAUCGGUCUGCAGAACUCUGUGAGGCAUCAUCGACCGGCUUCACAGCCAAAACCUGCUUUGCCAUCCGUCGGGGCGCAGGCCUGUAAGAAAGAAAAUCUGGGCUUUAAAUAACAGAAUCCGGCACUCUUGACCGUAAAUUGCAAAGAUCGGUGUUACGUCACGCUUAAAGUUGCCAGUGUGUUUUACCCAGAAUUACGAGUCAGUUGUCGCAUUUUAACAAAACUCAUUCUCCAAAGCACAAGUGAUAAGAAUUUAUGAUUAAAAUUAUGUUUAAGAAUAUAGUUUAAAGAAAAAAAUGAACAGCAACUUUUAGCCAUAAUCGAAUGUCAAGCAAUAAUAUAUGUCAGUGUAUUAUUUCUCAUUCUUUUGUGCAUAAUAGUCUUUAAACAUCUGCAUGUAAAUACACCUCUUAUUUAUCACUAUUUGGUUUAUUUUGUGUUGAUUUUUGUGGAUGUUUUUAUGUUUCAUCUGUAUAUUUGACCAGUUCUGUUCCCAGGUGGAGAACGAAGAACUUGACAUGGCCUGUAUGCUGUAUAUCUUUUUUUUUUCUUUUCUCACUCUGUCCCUCAUUCUCCGCUGUUUAUUCACCAUAUUUAAUAUUAUUAUUGAUCACAUGUAUAAAGGUAGCUUUGUAACUUCUGUCUGUAUAGGUAAGAGGAAAAUACUGCUACUAAGGCCUACCCAGUGAAAAUAUUUAUCUGUUUAUCAGUUACAUCAUAUUGUAUGAUAAAACUGUUUCUACUUUGCUUCCCUCCUGUAGGAUUAGUUUGAUAGAGAUAGGGUGUGCUGACAUUUAUUUUGUGUUGCCCUAAUGUGUGGUGCUAGGUAAGUUAAUUUUGUGAACCAUGUAUUGAUUCCUAAGCCUGGCCGCCCUAUUAGUUCAUUAAUUUAAUUGCCUAUUAACGUAUUAUUGAUAUUAGGACUCAAUGAAUAAUAAUGAUAAUAAAAAUGAUAGUGGUAAAAAAAAAUAAAAAAUUACCCAGCCAGUACCUGUAUCAGUGUGCUAGCCCUGGGAUAAGGCACUUAUUUCCUUCUGACUUAUAGCAAAUCUAGAAUCUGAUAAUUAACAAGCUAUUUAAGGUUGCUUUUCUGGUUUGUGGAAAAAUUUAUGAUAUUCGAAAUGAAACAGCAGUAUUGUGUUUUUUCUUUGUCUGAUUGUAAAAACCACUCACUAAGGCUUUAGUUUGUCAGGUUUUUAAGAUACUAACUAUUUACCUCUUGUGUCUGCAUUGUCCUUCACUUGAUGCAGGGAAGUGGUGCUUGGAUUUCAGAAAAUAACACCUCUGUAUGCUUUUGUUAUUCCCCAUUUUAGACUACCCAGAAACAACAGUUCAGACCAGUGGCAUAAACCUUUUUGCACCACGUGAAGUGUUAAAAAUUUACAUGUAAGGAUUGCCAUUUGAAGACAAAAGUCAACCUUCUCUCUCUUUUCUCUGUAGCAAAUAUCAGUAAGAAUAUGCUCGCAAUAAUACACAGCGUAUCACACUGAGUGCCUCUCGGUGUAACAAAAUGCAUACAUGGUUUUGAUUGUCUCUUUUUUGUGGUUUUUCCAGACGUGUACUGAAGUGACAAUGUAUUUUGUACAUGAGGGUGAAAUUUUGCCCUCACAUGCUUAAAAAAUGUUAAUUUUAUUUUUUGUUUGUUUUUUUCUUUAUGUGUUGUUAGUUGUUUUCUCAUGGGUUGGUGGGCAAUGUUGAAGGCUUUCAAUGUAUAGAUGGUCUGUUUUGAGUGUACAUGUCACCCCUCACCUUGUUUUAGAAGCUGGGAAGUUUGUUUUGUGUUAAUCUCAAAUGGUCAAUAAAUGCUCGCGGAUAAUAUUGCAGAACUGUAUAACUUGCACAUGUAUUUUUUUUUUUUUCUGAUUAAGCAAAAAAAAAAAACAAAAAAAAAACUAACAGAAAACCCACAUUUCUUAAUUUCCUGUUUGUGGUAUCCACUUUUUAUUUCACUGCAAACAGAAGAUUUGCCUAAUGCAUUGUAUAUUAAGUAUUUGUAUGUGUUUGUAAAACAGGUAUACAACACAUCUGAAUUUCUUUUAUGUUCUGUGUUCCAUGUGCCCUCAGUCUGUUGGGGUAACUCCACGUGAAAGGGUGGGGGAAGCGGGGUGGAUUUUCUUUUUCCAUGCAAAACAAGUACAAAUUCUGGAAAAGCCCAAACUAGUGUGUGGUUGUCACAAAUUUCUAAGUCACAUGUUUGCUACUGAUGUUAAAUGGGGACAGAUGAUCAUGUACCUUUUUAUCCAGCUCUUUUGAACUCUCUUUAGCAGGUAGUCUGUUCACAAGCGUAGUUUUGCUCCUUCUUGUCUGAUUCUUAAAUAUGAAAAAUAAGUAUUUUGAUUCAUUUUGUAAAUACAGCUGUAAAGAAAAAUAAGAAAUUUAAUGUUGUCUUUUAAAUACUUUUCAUUCUAAUAUGAAUGUUGUUAUAUUGUACUUAGAAACUGUACCUUUAAUAUUACCUUUAUUAAAAGUGCAUUGGACACAUCGAUUUUUGAUGUGCUUUAUGUGCUGUUAUCCCAUAAUAAAAUUUACGGCUUGUAA